GAGCCCGUCAGCUCAGACUGUACACGCGCGGAGCCGGAGCGGAGGGGAGCUGUCCGCGGUGCGGUGCUGAACCCCCGAGAACCGGGAGCUGUCCGCGGUGCUGAAGCUGAGAGCCGGGCACUGAAGCCGAGAAGCGGGCGCUCUCCGCGGUGCUGAACCUCCGAGAAGCGGGCGCUGUCCGCGGUGCUGAAGCUGAAAGCCGGGAGCGGUGGUGAUGCUGAGCGCUGUCCGCGGUGCUAAAAUCCGGCGCUGCUAUCCUUCUGAUUAAGUGCUGAUUGAAUGUGAACAACUGAUGGCGCUGUGUUCCUGACAUUUCCCAGCCUUUAGCAUCUCCUCUCUGCACAGAGACCACCUGAGAGCUCAGUACCUUUCAGGAGGAUUUCCCCUUAAUCCAUCACUCCAACACAACAACUUCAAUCCCUUCAAUCUUUUAGCUCAGUUUUUCGCUUCUCCUGCGGAUUUUAUACGACUUUUCGUAAGAUGACUUCUGAAGCACUUUCCCUCGAACACUCAGCGGAGUUGUGCUUAAUUUAAGCUUGUGCCGAAUAAAUCAUUACUGUGCUGCCUUAUAUACAGACUCUCUGGAUAAAGAACGAUGCUGCUGACAGAUCGCAUAACGUGACCUCACGUUAUAUAAAUAUAUACAUAUAUACAUAGAUCACCUGCGUGAAAAUGGUGAUCACUCUGAACAGCGACGGCAUGGCGAUGGUGAGGAGAUGCCUCCUGACGUUCAAGCCCUUCAGAAUUUUCGUGGCGGGGAUCGGAUUCUUCAGCCUCUGCUUCUUAAUGACCUCUCUGGGGGGGCAGUUCUCGGCCAAGCGGCUCGGGGACUCACCCUUCACCAUCCGGACUGAAGUGAUUGGUGGGCUGGAGUCUCGUGGAGUGCUGAGGAAGAUCAGUGAUAUGCUGGAGAUCAUCCUGAAGAGAAUCGACGCUCUCGCCAAACUCAGCAACAGCACUAAUAGCCACAGGUUGGAGGAGCUUAGCUCUGCUCUCGACAGGUUUCAGCCGGUGGGUCUGGUGGAGAGGAUUCAGGCGAUUGCUCAGAAUGUGUCAGAGAUGGCGGUGCGGGUGGAGCAGAUCCUACAGAAGAGGAGAGACGGGACUGCAGGACAGUGCGAAGUCCCGAAGGACCCCGGGUACCCGGACUGUGCCAGUAAAAUUGAUUGGAUGAGAGCCAGGUGGACGUCGGACCCCUGCUACGCUUAUUAUGGGGUGGAUGGAUCCGACUGCUCCUUCCUCAUCUACCUGAGUGAGGUGGAGUGGUUCUGCCCCCCACUGGCCUGGAGGAACCACAGCAUCCUGACGGCAGGAAACAGCACACCUAAGAGACAGGCGGUGGUGCGCUCAGACCUGGGGCCACUGCUGGAGCAGGUGGGUUCGGGGAAAGAGUCUCUGAGCUUCAUGAGGAGGAGAAUCCGGCGGCUGGCGGUGCAGUGGGCCGUCGCUGCCCGAAGACUGAACCAGCGUCUGCACAACAAACAGAGGCAGGAGAAGAGGGUCUUGGUUCAUGUGGGGUUUCUAACAGAGGAGUCUGGUGAUGUGUUCAGUCCUAAAGUGCUGAAGGGAGGACCGCUGGGGGAGAUGGUGCAGUGGGCGGAUAUUCUCACCGCUCUUCAUGUUCUGGGACACAGCCUCAAGAUUUCAGUGUCUGUCAAAGAACUGCAGGGGUUCCUUGGAGUUCCUCCAGGAAGAGGAAGUUGCCCGCUGAGAGGACCACUUCCGUUUGACCUCAUCUACACCGACUACCAUGGUCUGCAGCAGAUGAAGCAGCACAUGGGCCUUUCUCUCAGAAAGCACAAGUGUCACAUCCGCGUGAUUGAUACGUUUGGAACGGAGCCGGCGUAUAAUCACGAGGAGUACGCCACGCUGCACGGAUACAGAACCAACUGGGGCUACUGGAACCUGAACUGCCGGCAGUACAUGACCAUGUUCCCUCACACUCCUGAUAACUCCUUCAUGGGUUUCGUAGCUGAAGAGCUGAACGAGACGGAGAGACUCAUCAUCCAGAGAGAGAAGAUCAGCAACAUGGCCGUGAUUUACGGAAAAGAAGCUCACAUGUGGAAGGGUAAAGAGAAGUUCCUGACGAUCCUGCAUCGCUAUAUGGACAUCCACGGAACAGUUUACUACGAGACCCAGAGACCUCCUGAAGUUCCUGCGUUUGUUAGGAAUCACGGUCUGUUACCCCAACAGGAGCUCCAGCAGCUGCUCAGAAAAGCCAAGCUCUUCGUGGGGUUUGGUUUUCCGUAUGAAGGUCCUGCUCCUUUAGAGGCUAUAGCUAACGGCUGCAUUUUCCUGCAGCCCAGAUUCCAGCCGCCCCGCAGCUCCUUCAACCACGAGUUCUUCAGAGGGAAACCCAUGUCCCGAGAGGUGUCGUCUCAGCAUCCGUACGCCGAACAGCACAUCGGCCGACCCCACGUCAUCACUGUAGACUACAACAACUCAGAGGAAGUGGACGCCGUCAUCCGGGAAGUCCUGAAAACACAGGUACAGCCCUACCUGCCCUAUGAGUACACCUGUGAAGGAAUGCUGGAGAGAGUCGAUGCUUAUAUCCAGCAUCAGGACUUCUGUCACCUGGACGGACCUUUUCCCUCAGUUAACGACUCUAAGCUCUGGCCGGGGAAUGCUCCCAGCCCGUUCGUCCUGCAGCCCAACUCCUCAGCUCUGGUGUGGAGCUCCAACAUCACAGCUCCAGCCUCCUGGCCUCCUCUCAGCUCCCUCCGGCUGCUCCGAGCCGGCCAGGCCUCCUCCUGUGUGAAGACCUGCCAGGACUCAGGACUUGUCUGUGAACCGGCCUUUUUUAUCUUCAUCAACAACAUGGAGGCUUUUAACAGGUUGGAGGUGCAGUGUGAGGCUCUGGAGGUGGAGAUGAAUCACGUGUACCCGGCGGUGGUGGCUGAUGGGAGGGAGUGUUUCCUGCAGAAGGAUCCUCUGCUGUUCAGCUGUUCUGGGUUCAGCUCUAAACACCGGCGCCUGUGCCCCUGCAGGGACUUCCUCCCGGGCCAGGUGGCGCUGUGCAGGGAGUGCUUAUGAGCGAACGCUUCAGAUCCCAUAGAGAUAAAUACGGUGCGGUUCUACGGUACCGGGUCUCGGGCCGGGCAGGAUCAGCCUUCCCUGGGAGCAGCAGAGUGAACCGGGUGAGGGGGCUGAGGGACUGAUGCCAGCGGAGCCCGUGGUGCCCUGAGGGGCGACGGCGGUACCAGUCCGGGUCUGUUCCGUCCAGAUUAAGCAGGACGAGCCUCGGGUUUGGGUCAGGUUCUGGAGACGAACUGAUAAAAAGAGAGUUUUAACUUAUUUAUUUUUAUGUAAAGGGAAAAGAAAUGCUAUUUUUCAGUAAGUAUUCUGAGUACUGGUUGAGUAUUGUUUUAUCUGAAUGAUAAAAGUAAUUUGAAAGUAAUUAAAAGCAGAUUUACAGUAAUUAAAAUGAAUGUAGAUGGAAUUAAUUGAAUUGUAAAACUUUACAAUAAAGAUACAUUAAUUAACAGUACUUAUGAAAACAUGUUUCAAGUAAUUAUUAAUUUACACAAUUUUAGUUUUUAGAGUUUUUCUUUUACCGUUUUUAUUUAUUUAUUUUCUUCUUUUUUGAUGCCACUUUAAAGUAAGACUAUCCUUAUAAAGGCUUUAUAAAUGUUUAAUAAAUGAGUGUAUUAAUUAGUAUUGAUUAGGUUGUAAAUGCUUCACAAACCAUUAAUAGACAGUUACAACACAUCAACGGAAAAGGCAACAGUGAUGCAUUGUUUGCUUAGUCAUUUAAUUCAACUUUUAAUUUAUAGUAAAUAGUUAAACAUACUUACAAAUAUAUUAAUAUGACAGGUUUAUGGAAAACACAAAGUAAGAUCAGUAUUUAGGAAGAUCUGAGGUUUGACAGUAUAAAUGAGUGUGGAAUCAAAUUAGCAUAUUUAUGGCUCACUGUUCAUUUAUCAUUUAUUUAUUAACUACUUAUUAUUUUUUUAAGCAUUUGCAACUUAAUUAAUAACCAUUAAUAAACCCAUUAAUAGACCAUUCAUAAACCCGUUAUAAAGGUAGUCUUAUUUUAAAGUGGUACCAUUUUUUCCUAAUUUGUCAAAUUUUAUUUUUUACCUUUGAGCCUAUUUAUAUUUAUUAAUUUUUUUAUAUUAUAUAUCUAUAUUAUUUUAUUAAUUUCAUCCCUUUAUUUUCUAAACAGUUUUUUAAUCGCUAAUAGGAGUCACAGUGUAAGACUUUGAUUAGUAUCAAUACUAUAAUUAUUUUAAACAUGCUCUCAAAAUAUGAAUGCAUUCACAACCAUCCACCAGAUCAGAAAACCGCACUCAUAAAUAUACAGGAGCCCAUUUACACCACUGAGUCAUUGUUACAAAAUAGUAAGUCAUAAUUAUGAAAUAAUAAGUUACAAUUACGAAAUAUUAAGUGAUUAUUAGAAUUACUUGGUCAUUAUGAUGAGGUAAUACACCCAGACUUACUAUCUCAUAAUUAUGAUUCAGCCUCUUAUAAUUAUGACUUAAUAUAUCAUAAUAAUGACUUACUAUCUCAUGAUUAUGAAUUAGUAUCUUAUAAUUAUGAUUCACCAUCUUAUAAUUAAGACUUACUAUCUCACAAUUAUGACUUAAUAUCUCAUAAUAAUGACCGGACCCUUUUUUUUUAGAGGUGUAAAUGAGCUUCUGUAUAAAUAAGGCGGGCGGUGAGUAAAACGGUGAGUCUGGUGAUCUGAUUGGUCUAGUGAUCUGAUUGGUCUAGUGAUCUGAUUGGUCUAGUGAUAUAAUUGGUCUGGUGGUCUGAUUGGUCUGGUGAUCUGAUUGGUCGGCAUGCUGCUAAAUGGUUUAAAGUUGCUGUUACUCAUUUUUAGCAGUGUUAGCAUUUCCUUUAAUAAUCCUUUAAAUCAAGUGAUUAAUGUGGAUUCACUACUGAGCAUAAAUCUGAUGAAUUUAUUGACAAUUUUAAAUCAUGCAGUUAAAAUGUAAUCUACCUUUUUUCAUAUGCAGAAUAAUAUUUGAUCAGAAUGUUCAGAGUGUUUCAUAUGAAGUGAAUAAAACAUGAUAAUUUUUAACA